AUGACUAUAGUGUGCUCCUCUGUAGGAACUGGGAUUGUUUAUCAUAUUCCAAGCAUCACUUUGCCUCGUCCGCGCAUCAAGUCAGAGCAGACCAGCACAGGACCCCCGGGGUCCCGUACGCAGCUCAGGAACUGGUGUCAGUAUACAGUUUCUAAGACGGUCACUUGUCAAGUGCAUAAUGGAACUGAGACUUCAGUGCAAAGAGUGGUUCAGAGUUGUAGAUGGCCUGGACCCUGCCCCAAAGUUGUCAGCUAUAGAACUGUUAUCAGACCAUCCUUUAAGACCGCCUAUAAGCAGGUCACUGCUCUGGAGUGGAGAUGCUGUCCUGGAUUUGUAGGAGUGGAGUGCAGAGAAGAGUGCCUGAACUGCACAACAUUCUCUCAAAUGAGCAGCAGAAUGCAACACAUAGAAUCAAAGAUCAAAAUAUUAGAAGGUGGACUUCCACUGACACCAACAGUGACUCAAUUAUCUCAGGCUUCUGCUGACAACGAAGUGGAUACAGAUCAACCAACUCCUCCAUCCAACGUGCCGUCCGUCAGCAGUGGAUCCCCGGGACCAAUGGGUCCACCUGGGCCUCCCGGUCGUGCAGGGCCUCCAGGGAGAUCUGGUUUUCCUGGAAUCAUUGGACCAAAAGGGGACAGAGGUCUUGCAGGGGACAAGGGUGACCCAGGACCACCAGGUCUUCCAGGUCCCCCGGGUCCACCAGGGCCCAGCUUCUCUCCGAUUCAAACUAGAGGCGAUGUGUUUCACGUGAACACCCAGACUUUUCCACCAACCCAGGUGGUUGUUGGUCCACCAGGUCCAACAGGCCCUAUUGGCCCUGCAGGUCCCGCUGGACCCCGGGGACCCGAGGGUAUGGCUGGGAUUCCUGGACAAGAUGGGAAAACAGGCACCCAAGGACCAACCGGUGCCCCAGGACUGAAAGGAGACCAAGGGGAAAGGGGAGCUUUCGGUCUGUCUGGUGAGAAGGGUCUACCUGGUGCACCUGGGCCAAAGGGUGAACCAGGAGAAGCUGUGAAUGAGAGUGAGGCUGUGCAGCAGCUCAGGGAAGCCCUGAAAAUCCUGGCAGAAAGAGUUCUGAUUCUGGAACAUAUGAUUGGUGUUCAUGAGAACUCCGAAGGAUCUGGUGUUGGCAUCACUGGCCCAUUGUCUUUGCCAACCAUUAAGAUAAAGCGCUUGCCACCUGUUCAAAAACCUCACAAAACUCGAAUACUAAAUGAAAGACAGAGACGAACCUCUCUCUAA